AGUACCUACAUGUACCUAAAGCUAAAGGUGCACGUGCCGCCGUGUCUCGUCCCAGCUUAAUCCCUGCGUAAAUCUGUACCAACCCGCGUUUUCUCAAAUACAUAAUUCACACGCCGAUCUUCAAGUAGCUAUCCGUCAACUUUUUCUCUAGCCUACCUAUUAACAAUAUGGCUAGCCGAACACAGUUACACGACGUCGACCUGUCGGUCCGUUUUAAACACGGCAUUCACACGGUCUUCCUAUUCGUUGAUUCGAUGAAGCCGUUCAGCGACAUAGCAGAGCAGUUACUAGAAGUUUUGAAAGACCGCUAUCCUUCGGGCUUAACAACUUCUAUCACCUCUCUGGAAAAGACUGAACUUCCUAGUACUCCGAAUCAGAUCAAGUUUGCCGUACCCAAAGAAAAGACAGACCAGUAUCUUAGCCAGGGUUGGAAGCCCCUCCAAACCGGAAAGAAAGAAACUCCGGCCAGCAUCGGUAUCCAGAAUAACGCCAUCGUGGCGUUCGCAUUUGUACCCGAGGAUGCAGAUGAUGAUUAUGAAGCCGAAUUCACCGUUGAUGUUCCUGGAUAUGAGGAGCCCGAGCCAGAGGAGUGAAAGACCAGCCUGACAAAAUUUGGUUGAUGAGGCACGAUUUGAUGAUGGGCUACGUUAUAAUUCUUUCAAACGGCAACGGUCUCUCGACUUAUGAGUUUGGAAUUGUGAAAAUCUGCAGGCUAGGAUGAACGGAGUUUAUACCCAUAGCUAGGAUUGAUAGGCAUUGGCACAUUUGCUGGAAUGUGGAGGAUGAGAUAGACAAUAAAUUCAUAAACCUCAGGCUACUUCUUUCCUAUACGAACUUGACACUAGCAUUUAAACCAUCCUAGAC